AUGUCCCAUAACGUACAGACAGUGCUGAGUGCAGCCCAGGAGGUCACGAACCGGGACCUGAGCGACGCCAAAGGCCCUGUCGAAGUCCCCAAUGGCUCUGCGUACAGCGAUCAUCCAAGACUCAAGGUUCACAGGAAGUAUCGCCAUGUCGCAGCUCUACAUUCCAAAGUCCAGCCAUCAUGUCUUAGCCACGAGGCAACUGAGACACCGAGUUUCAUUGGCUUCCGCAAUCUGAUGGUUCUGACCAUCAUUGUCAUGAAUCUGCGUCUGGUGGUGGAGAACGCUCAGAAAUACGGCCUCCUGAUUACCCUCAAGCUCAACCUCCGCAGCCAGGAUAUCCAGACCGCGUUGAUCCUCUAUGCCCUCACACCAUGCCACCUCUUUGUCGCCUACAUCAUCGAACGCGUAGCGAUGGAAAACGCCAAAGGCGCCGUGGGCAAGCGUAAAAAGAACGAUCCAGACGGUAGCACACCGGAGACCGAGGAAGAGAAGACAGAUUUCUACUACACCUGGUGGUGGAUUGCCGUUGCCCAUGCUUUGAAUGCUUCUCUGGCCCUGUUGAUCACCAGCUAUGUGGUGUACUACCAUAUCUACAACCCUGGUCUGGGCAUGAUCAGCGAAACGCAUGCUAUUGUCGUCUGGCUAAAGACGUGCUCUUAUGCGUUCACCAAUCGAGAUCUUCGGCAUGCUAUGCUGCACCCAGGUGGUCCUGAGUCAGCUCUGCCCGAAAUCUACUCAAAAUGCCCCUAUCCGCGAAACGUCACUCUCCGCAAUUUGUGCUACUUCUGGUGGGCGCCGACACUUGUAUAUCAGCCUUACUAUCCACGGACGGAUCGCAUCAGAUGGACCUUCUUCUUCAAGCGGGUUGGAGAAGUCGUCGCUCUGUGUGUGUUUGUCUGGCUCGUCUGUGCUCAGUAUGCAAUUCCUGUCCUACACAACUCUCUGGGCGGAAUGGCUGUCCUCGAUUUCUCUGCCAUUGCCGAACGGUUGAUGAAAUUGUCCACCAUUUCGUUGAUUGUCUGGCUGGCCGGGUUCUUUGCCAUCUUCCAGUCAUUUUUGAAUGCUCUGGCUGAGAUCACGAGGUUUGGUGACCGAGUUUUCUACGAAGACUGGUGGAAUAGCACGAGCCUGAAGAUGUACUGGGCGACCUGGAACAAGCCGGUCUACCACUUCAUGCGCAGACAUAUCUACUCGCCCCUGGUCGGUCGUGGGUGGUCGCCCCGGGCUGCCAGCGCCUGGGUAUUCGUGUUUUCCGGCGUUUUGCACGAGUUGGCUGUGGGAGUGCCGUCUCACAGCAUUCUUGGUGUUGCAUUCCUGGGCAUGGUCCUGCAGUUGCCCUUGAUCCUAUGUACAGAGCCGUUGGCAAAGAAAGACGGCACCGGGAAAGUCAUUGGCAACUGCAUCUUCUGGAUUAAUUUUGUGUUUGUGGGUCAACCAUUGGCCGCCAUGAUCUACUUCUUCUCCUACCAAGCCAAAUACGGGGCUAUGAGCAAGAUGGCCCAAAGGUAG